CACACACACACACGGAGUGAGAAGAUUUGACGGUUCAGUUUGUAUGCAGAAAGCUGAAACAGGAACACAGAGAAACACCACAUGUUCUGACAGAGACACACAGAUGAACCCCCCUCCUCCUCCUCCGGUCCCGAAGCCCCGGGCUCGUUACAUGAGGGACAGUUUGACGUCUCUGGACAGAGAUGAUACCGAAAAUCUACAAUCAGGUGGAGAUGCCCCCCCCCCCUCCUGUCAUGGCGUUGGAUCGUAGCUCCGUCUUCCCGUCUCUGGCCGGCGUCACUGACAUCAUCGCCAGCAGCAUCCCCUCAUUGGCCGGACUCGCCACCUCCCUCAGAGGCUCCGCCCCCUCCGCCCCUUCUCCCCCCCCCUCCAUAGACAGCAUGGCUAACAGCAUCGCUGCUAACAUACCUAGCUUAGCGGGAACUGCUAGCGCUGUGGCUAACCCUCCCGCUGCUAUGUUAAACUCCGCCUCCUUCAACACAGCUGGUCACACCGUUAGCUUAGACAGUAUAGUUAGCUCGUUCGCUAACAUUCCCAGUUUAGCGGGGAUUGUUAGCAAUGUGGCUAACCCGUCUGUUAGCUCCAUAACGACCCCGUCAGCCCCCCCCCCCUCACUGCCGGGGAUCGGAGACGCUCACACAGAUGUCGGAGCGUUGUCUCAGCUGGUGAUGUUAACGUUAGACCCGAACACAGGAGUCUCUUUACCGUCUCUUCAGGAGGCGGAGCCAUCAGAGGAAGUCUGCAGACGCUCUCCUCACACCAUCAAAGAAGAGAAUCCGUACGUCACGCUGUUAGCUUGUUGGGCGAGCCAAGAGGAAGCCGACACCGACUCGUCCAAUGAGGAGGACGAUACAGGAGCAAGCCCCGCCCCUUCUGGUGCAGAGGGACCAAUGGAGGGAGAUCCUGCUCAUAACACAUCGUCAACAACCACCAACCUCCCGUCCAAUCAGGCGGGACGUCUGAUCCCCAUGCGGCCGGCCCCACCCCCUCCUCCCAGCCAAUUAAAGAAGCCGCUGAGACAGAAGAUGCCGAGGACGGCCACUAUCCGAGUGUCCAGGAAGAAGGGGGCCGUGGGGGGGGCGGCCCCUCAGAGCGCCGUGGUGAGGUCCGGCUGGCUGGAUGUGUGGAAGGGCUUCAGACACAACGUUCUGUGGGCGACGCUGGACGGGCAGCUGAUGUCUCUUUGGAAAAAACGCAACGACCGGUUCAGCGAGGUUCUGUUUCACGUCUCCAGCAUCACGAACGUAAAGAAACAGGACAAACGCAGGUUCUCCGUGUACUUCAGGAAGAAGCACUACGACUUCAUGGCUCACAACGACGAGGUCCAUGAAGGCUGGGUCACGUCUCUGUUAGCGUCCCGAGGCCAGCCAAGCCCUGCCACCCCAGAACUCCUUGGAGCAAUCACCAUGAAGGACACGCGGAGCCGCGCCUUCGCCGCCCUGUGGGGUCACGACCUCUGGAUCUACCACAGCAAGGAGGCCUUCCAGCUGGGCAUCGCCUCCUUCUCCGUGCCCCUGAACGUGGCCUCGGUCAAAACGACGGGAAAACACUCGUUCAGCCUCAUCACUCCGUACAAGAGCUUCAGUCUGUCUGUUGAUUCGACGAAGGAUCUGUCCCUCUGGUUGGACAUUCUGUCCUCCACUAUCCGCAGUGCUCUGUCCUGCAGCCAGGUGGCGCUGCGGCUCUGGGAAAACCCCGACAACAAAGUGUGCGGUGACUGCGGCACCGCUAACCCGGAGUGGGCGUCGGCCAACCUGCUGCUCGUCAUCUGCCAGGCCUGCGCAGGUCAGCACCGAGCUCUGGGCAGCAACCUGUCCAAGGUACGGAGUCUGAAGAUGGACAACAAGAUCUGGACUGAACCAUUAAUACAGCUGUUUGUCGCCCACGGUAACCGGCUGGCCAAUCAGGUGUGGGCUCCUGUGGUGCCGGCGGCAGAGCAGCUGUUUCCGGGGUCGCCGGACGAAGAGAGGUCAAAGUUCAUCCAGGAUAAAUACAGGAGGGGGCGCUACAGGAGGGUUCACCACCUGACCCCCUCCCCCGCCCUCAUGGACCAGAGGCUGCGUCAGGUGGUGUGUGGAGACGACGUAGAAGAAACGAUGUCUCUGAUCUGCUCAGGAGCAAAGGUAUGUCAAACCGACCUUCUUAGCCCCUCCCCCAUCCUGCUGGCUGAGAGAGCCAAUCAGGCUCUGCAGACCGAGCUUCUCCGCCUCAACGAGUACACAGAUAUCCCGCCUUACCUGCCUCAAGUGGCCAAUAGGAGCCCUGACUCCGCCCCCUCAGGUGAGGAGGAUGAGGAGCUUCACGGUAAACUGGAGGAAGAUCGUUUCCUCUUCUCGUUAGAAAACGACUCGGCGGCGUGCGACGUCCUCGACCUGCGGGAGGUCCUCUCUGUGUUCCUCAAGGAGGGGCCUGCUCUCCAGUUUGAGAUGGUGACUCUGAGUGAUCAGCUGAUCUGCGCCGCUGACAACCAGGAGGCGUUGCUGAGUCACCUGGUGCACAUCCUCAAGGUGAUCCUCCCAGGGGGCGUGUCUUAUGCGGAGGUGGGCGGGUCUUCUGCAGUCAGUCGUGUGCGUGCCAUAGAAGUGGGCGGGGCUCCGGGUCAGACUGACGCCUGGCUGCUCCUAUGGGAGGACGGCGUCAGCGUGCAUCCCCUCCUCAAGAACACACUUCAGCCUCUGAGCGUGGACCUGAGCGCCGUCAGGAACCACGAAAUGGAUCCAUCUGAAAACAUCAUCACCAUGGUAACAGAAGACAGGAGGCUGGCGUUGAGGUUCGAGGAGCCGCACAGCUGCCAGUCCUGGUUCAGCCACCUGCAGAGAGCUCUGACCAAUCACAGCGCAGCUCCACCGCGGCCCCCUGCAGCCAAUCACAGCGCAGCGCCACAGCCUUUGUACCCGCUGGUUGGUGCGAGGGGAUUGGUCCCGCCCCCCAUCGAGCGCUGCAUCUCCCACAUCACCCACUACGGUCUGAAGGUGGACGGCGUGUACCGCCGCUGUGGCCUCGCCGCCAAAGUCACCCGAUUGGUGGAGGCACUGAUGACAUCACCAGGCUCCGCCCCCCUGGAGGCUGACGAGCAGGGAGUCCUGGACGCCGGCGCCGCCCUCAAACAAUAUGUCCGCCAGCAUCAGCAGAGCCUGAUCCCCGAGGCCGAGAGACUCCAGUGGAUCCAGGCUGCAGUGAUUUCAGACGAGCGCUCCAGGUUCUCUUCGUACCGACGGCUGCUACGGAAACUUCCUGAAGACAACAGAGCCACGCUGAACGCACUGUUUGGACACUUCUACAUGGUCCAGGUGUUCUCCCAGGUGAACAGGAUGUCAGCUCAGAACCUGGCUCUGGUCCUGGUCCCCUCUCUGUUCCAGACUCUGAACCAGGACCUGCUGACGCUCACCAGAGAGUUCAUCAUCCACCACUCGCUGCUCUUCCUGACGCUGGGUGGAGAGGAAGAGGAGGAGGAGCAGAUCACCGUCUUCUGAGGUUUCCUCCUCACGUUAUAUU